GCGUUGCCGCUUUGCGCGGGAGGUUCGGAGGUGACGGUGCCGGUGAGAUGUCCCAGCCUGUGGACCCGGAGCUCGGGGACAGCAGGCGCGGAAGCUCCAGCCUGGACCGACAAAUUCCCGAUGGUUCUCCACCCAGGUUGACUUCAUUGAAUGAUACUGAGGCAACAAAAGUGCCUGAAGAAGUAGUGGUGCCCAAGACUCAAGAUCAUCAAUUAACAUCAAGCCAUACCUCUCUGGAAAUCUGUGCUACAUCUUCUGCCUUCCCAGAGACUACCAAAGAUGUCUCAAGAAAAAGAAAGAAUUCUGAAGACAGCUCUGAAACGGGAAAAACUCAAGAUCUCGAAUACAUGGCUCCACAAGAAUAUAACAGCAAUCAGAAAACUAAGCGUCAGUCCUGGCGUAGGGCUAGUAUGAAAGAAACAAACCGUCGGAAGUCACUGCCUCCCUUUCAUCAGGGUAUUACAGAGCUCAGCAGAUCUAUCAGCAUAGACUUGGCUGAAAGCAAACGCCUUGGCUGUCUCCUACUCUCCAGUUUUCAGUUCUCCGCACACAAACUUGAACCUUUUCUGAGAGACGUUGAUAGCAUCAGUCUGGAUACUUUUAAGGCCAGAGUGUCUUCAAUUUCUGAAGAAUUCAAGCAUUUUACAAACAGACUUGAAGAUGAUGGGACCUUAGAGAAAUGCUCUGAUGAAUCAAAAGGGCAGUCAACAGGUACUGCUUUGGAAGCAUCAAUGACAGAGAUGAAAGAAUAUAUAGACAGGCUUUCUUUGGAGUGUACGAAUUGGGACCAACUAUUGCUGCAUCACCAGAAAGAAGCUGAAGAGCUAUCCAGGACAUUAGAGGAAGCCAAAAUUGCUGAUAUAGAACUGGACUCUACUCUGUAUCUUCAGUCUUCACAAAGUGAAAUUCUUAGCACAAAACCUGACUAUCAGAAAAUAUUAGACAGCCAAAACGAGGUUUUUAACUGCAUGGAGAUGGUGAUAGAUGAACUACAAGGAUCAAUAAGGCUGUUGUAUUCUUUUAUGGAAGAUACUACCCAAUUCUUCAAGAAGGUGUCAGUGCAGCUUGGAGAAAGGACUGCCCAGCAGUUGGAAGCCUCACCAAUUCGAAAACUGCUCAAACCUCAACUGGAAAAACCAUCUCCCACAGACUCAGGCACUCUCUGCUAAUGAUCACAGUCUACAUAUAUUUCCUUCAAAUUGUCAUUCAGAUGAUUGCAUAUGAGAAGUUGCUUCCUUUUAUGGAGUGUGACUGUAAAUUAAUGUGCCACUUUUUUAAAACAGGCAUCAGCACUUAACUACUCUGAAUAUUCAUUUAUAACUUUAUGUCUGGAGUCUUUACACAGACUGGUGAUGGAUGCCAUUCCUGAAGACAUUUUUGCAAUUUGGAAGUAAUGACACAUUUUAAAAUACAUAUAUAUGUAUGUAUAUAUAUAUACACAUACAUAUAUCCUCAGUGGCAGCAAGUUUUUAUUCUUAAAGGGCAGAGUUCACUUUUUCCCCUUGAAAUGUCCAGGGUUUAAUGUCUAGUGAAUAAAGUUGGUCAUCCUUUAUGUAAGGUCAGUAACCUUUAUGAAGUUAAAAAAAUGAGGGAUGAUUACAAAGUAAUGAUAUGGAUUUUCUUAUAUGGCUCUAUAGGGAGUUCUAAAAUGUUUGGAUUAAUGGCAUCCCUGAAGUAGACCUGUGGCCUCCUGAGGAAACUACUUUGAAGGAUAUAUAUAUACACACAUAUAGUUUACUUUAAAUUGUCUCAUUACAUUAGUCACCAUGUAUAUACCUCUUUCCAUUCCUUGUUUGUCUUAAUAUUUAUGUUGACUACCCAGUCCCACACACAAUGUACACAAAUACUUGGUUUUAUUUUCUAAAACAAUGCACAAUAAAGAACUGCCUGUGGUUUAAUAAGUAAACCUAA